AAUUGACAUUGCCACACCUUCAGGUAUUACAGUGAUUAGGUUGAAGCUCAUGCUCAUCUGCAAAAUGUCGUUGAUGUACUCCCUCACUUGCCCCACAAUUUUCCCCGCUAAAAGAACCCUCUCCAACUCAUUCAUCUCUUUCUUCCAUCGGAACACACCAGCGGUUACUCCACUUCAUCAGAAGGUUUCCUUUACUUCUUGCUCAGGAGCCUCGGAUUUGGAUGACGAAUCACAACUCGAAGAAGAGUCUUUUUCCGGCCGCCGACAAAUAACCAAUUACACCGGCGUUCGGCUCGAAGAGAGCGUUGAAGAGGUUGGAAAGACCAGGCUCGACACUUGGAUUUCCACUCGGAUAAAUGGCAUUAGCAGAGCUAGGGUUCAAUCAAGCAUUCGGUCAGGACUCGUCUCCGUCAAUCAUCGUGUUAUUGUUAAGACCUCACACAUGAUAAGACAUGGCGAUAAGGUUGAAUGCACAAUAUCAGAAUUGCAACCCUUAAAAGCUGAAAGCGAAGAUAUACCUUUAGAUAUUGUGUAUGAAGAUGAACAUGUGUUGGUUGUUAAUAAACCUGCACACAUGGUUGUUCAUCCAGCACCUGGAAACACUACUGGAACACUAGUAAACGGCAUUCUUCAUCAUUGCAGUCUCCCAACCCCUUCAUUUCACGAUCAAGAAUUAGUCUCAGAUUCUGAUGAAUUGUCUGAUAUCGAGUUAGAUGAAUCAUCCUUAAAUCACACUUUUGGUACUAAUGAAACAUCUGUUCGACCUGGGAUUGUGCAUAGAUUAGAUAAAGGCACAAGUGGAUUACUAGUUGUUGCCAAGGAUGAACAUUCACAUGCCCAUUUAUCUCAACAAUUCAAGGAACACACCAUUCAAAGGAUAUACAUUAGUCUCACAUGUGGAAUUCCAUUUCCGCCCUCGGGACGUGUUGAUAUUCCCAUUGGUCGUGAUUUGACCAAUCGGAUUCGUAUGACUGCCGACACGGGACCCACCAAAUGUGGAAAGUCUCGUUAUGCUGCUAGUAGGUACAAAGUAGUUGAGAUACUUGCUGGUGGUGGGUCCGCAUUGGUUGAGUGGAGGUUAGAGACGGGUCGCACCCAUCAGAUUCGAGCACAUGCAAAAUACCUCGGGAUUCCUCUAAUGGGAGAUGAGGUGUAUGGAGAGCUUGUUGCUAAAGUCAACAGACCUUGUCUCCAUGCUUUGACUCUUGGAUUUACGCAUCCUUGUACAGGAGAGAAAAUGCAAUUUUCAUGCUUGCCUCCUAUAGAUUUUGCAGAAGUUUUAACUGGACUUCGGAAUAUAAGCACACACAAGAUGAAGGGGAGCUAAAUGCUAAUCAAGUUUUGGUCAUUCAUUUUUGGCGUUUGGGAGCAGUUGAUUGAAGACAUAUGUUUGUUAGGGAGUGUUUGGAUGGAUGUGGGUUUUGAAAGUAAUUAUUGUGACAUGAGGCACAACUAGGAUAAAGAUAAUUUGUUGAUUGAAAUUGAUUAAU